CAAAAAAAUGAAAUGUUCUCAGCUUAGAAUGUAAAAAGUAAGGUUAUCGCUAAACAAGACCAUCACCACAUGAUUAAUAAAAUAAUGCAAAUUGGUGAAUGUACAUUUUCAUAUGAUGAAUUUUCUUCGCUCGUUUUAUUUUGAACAUUUGGGGCACCGUACAAUCAAGUGACUAGUAGGGGCGUUGCAGGAUUUGCAUGCAGAAUAUUCUUGGAAAAACAGUGACUGUUUUCAAUGCUGCAAUAACUUACUGCUAAUCAAAACUGCAAAAUGAGUUCCUCUGAGAGGAAGACCAUUACCGUUAUUGGCAGUGGGCUGAUUGGGCGCUCCUGGGCCAUGGUGUUUAUAAGUGGGGGCUACAGAGUGAAGAUCUAUGACAACCAGCCAGGCCAGGCUGCCAGGGCCAUCCAGGAGGUCAGGAAACAGCUUGAGGAUCUGCAGGAAGAGUGCAUGCUGAGGGGGGAUCGAAGUGCCUCAGAGCAGCUAGCCCUACUGAGCAGCCACAAUGACCUCUGCCAGGCACUAGAGGGAGCCUUCUUCGUCCAGGAGUGUGUGUUUGAGGAGAUCGAGGCCAAGCGGAGUGUCUUCCAGGCGGUGGAGAGUCGUGUGGGAGAGGGGGUGAUCUUCAGUAGCUCCACCUCCUGCCUGUUGCCUAGCAACAUCUUCUCCCAGGUCCAGAACCAGAAGCGCUGCAUCAUAUCUCACCCGGUGAACCCGCCCUACUACGUGCGUCUGGUGGAGCUGGUGCCACACCCAGAGACGUUGGCGGAGGUGAUGGACACCACCCAUGCCCUGAUGACUGCCGUGGGCCAGGCUCCCGUCAGGCUGAAGAAAGAGAUUGACGGCUUCGCCCUAAACCGUGUGCAGUACGCCAUCAUCGCCGAGUCCUGGAGGCUGGUCAAGGACGGUGUCAUUUCAGUCAAGGACAUUGACCUGGUGAUGUCAGAGGGGCUAGGAAUGCGUUACGCUUUUAUUGGUCCCAUGGAAACCAUGCACCUCAACGCACCUGAAGGUCUGGAGGAAUAUCUCCAGCGCUACAGAGAGGGCAUGAAGAGGGUUCUGAACGCCUUUGGACCUGUUCCUGAAUUCUCUGGGGAGGCAGCCGAGCGCAUCAACAAAGAGAUGUGUGAGCUGAUCCCAGCUGACCAGCAGCACCUGUCUGCCAGGAGAGAGAGAAGGGACCAGCUUCUCAUGGGCCUGGCCAAGCUCAAGAAGUGACCCCAGGACUAUCACCACCACUGAUGAACAGGGUGGGCUGAGGUCUGGGACUCUGCUGUCCAUCCCUCAGCCAAAUAGCAUGGUGAUGAGGAUGAUCUGAUCUCUCAGUAGGGCCUACACUGGGGAUGUUACUGAAUACUGUAGCCCUGAGUCCUCACACACAAUCAAUCAACCAAUCUGGGAUGUUACUGUAGCCCUCACACACAAUAAACCAAUCUAGGGAUUGAUUGCCAUGCCAUCUCAGAAAUCUAACCACCACAUGUUCUACAGACAAGGAAAUUAUUGGUUUGGUCAUACCACAAUGGCUUCUUGAAUUAUGAAUAUGAAAUGUUAAUGUGAAAACCUUAUGGGAGAUUUUUUUAUUAAAAUGUUGAGAUUGUCA